AUGAAUCUUUUGUACAUCAGAUCGGCAUUUAAUCGUGUGGUCUGGAGUAUAUCAAAACGCGUGGUUUUGAGUAGUUUCCCGAGCGUGACAUCGGGAGCUCUGAGGAUUGAGACCACGAAUGGGAAGACGAUUACCUUGGGACAGAGCCCCCCGACCGCCCCAAUCCCAAGCAUUACGGUCCACCAUGACCGUUUUUGGGUAAGAGUGCUCAUAUUUGGAGACAUUGGCUUUGCUCAGAGCUACAUGCGUCACGAGAUCAGCUCAAUCGACCUCACGGCCGUUCUCGAGUUCUUCGUCAACAACAGCGUAGUUACCAAGAAACCCGCAUCGGCUGGCUUGUUGCCGUGGCUCUUCGGUGCCGUCGGCUGGCUCAUAUUGGAGAAGCCCACGAACGACAUCAAAACGUCUCGGUUCAACGCCAAAGAGCACUACUCAAAGAGCAACAACAUAUUCCGCGCGUUUCUCAGUCCGGACAUGACAUAUUCCGCCCCAAUAUGGCUGCCAAAAAAAGACCCUCGCUCCCGAGUCGAAACACUCGAGGAUGCGCAGCUGAGGAAGCUUGAGUAUGCAGUGAGCCAGACGCGUUUACGAGCUUCAGAUCAUGUACUCGAGAUCGGGACAGGAUGGGGAAGCUUUGCCAUCAUGGCAGCUCGAAAAUCCGGGUGUCGUGUGACGACCGUGACGCUGAAUGAUGAGCAGAAGCUGCUUGCUGAAGAGCGGAUAAUGCAAGCGGGCUUGAACGAUCGUGUCAGGGUGUUGAAGGCCGACUAUCGCGAGUUGAACGGAAUCGGUCCGUUCGACAAGAUCGUCAGCAUCGAGAUGAUCGAGCAUGUGGGACAUGAGUUCUUGGGUACAUUUUUCGAGUGUAUGGAUCGAUAUCUGAAGGUUCAUGGCGGAAUUGGGUACUUCCAAUGCAUCACGAUCCCAGAGACGAGAUAUGAGCAGUACUGUCGAAGUGAAGACUUCAUCAGGCGGUACAUGUUCCCUGGCGGCCACCUGCCGACCGUCAGUGGGUUGGUCGCAAACAUUGAUCGUGGUUCGCGGGGUAAACUCAUCGUGGAGGAAAUAAAAAGUGUCGGUGUGAACUACCCAAGGGCGUUGAGGAGUUGGAAGGAGAGCUUCCAAGCCAACUUCGAGGUCAAGAUUGUGCCCGCCCUGCGAGAAAGUAAUCCCAGAAUGACAGUGGCCGAGAUCGAUCUCUUUCGAAGAACAUGGGAGUACUACUUUAGUUAUUGCGAAGCAGGCUUCAAGACCAAGUCUCUUGGAAACUUCGCCAUCACGGUCGGAAGGGAGAAUUGCAUGGCUUUCCUGGAAGACCCAUAG